AUGAGAAUCCUGUUCUUCCUCGUCUCUGUUCUCUUCUUCCUCUUCCAGGCUGCUCCAGCUUACAGCCAGGAAGCCGCUGACACCCUCGCAUGCCGGCAGAGCCGGGGCUCCUGCUCCUUCGUGCCCUGCUCUGCUCCUCUGGUUGACAUCGGGACCUGCCGUGGUGGGAAGCUAAAAUGCUGCAAAUGGUAAGAGGAAUUCCUCCAGGGAAGUGUUGCUGCACCA